UCCUCGCUGUCGACUGCAUGCUCUACUCCAUCGGGCUGCAGUACCUCCCCGUGACCACCUACACCCUCCUCUGCGCCAGCCAGCUCGGCUUCAACGCCGUCUUCUCCCUCUUCCUCAACCGCCAGCGCUUCACCCCUUUCAUCAUCAACUCCCUCUUCCUCCUCACCGUCUCCUCCGCCCUCCUCGUCUUCGAACCCGACACCGCCACAGGCGGUCCCGCCAAAGUCUCCAAGCGAAAAUACGCAAUCGGAUUCAUAUGCACCCUCGCGGCCUCCGCCGGCUACGCGAUCAUGCUGUCGCUCACGCAGCUGGCGUUUCAGCAUCUGAUCAAGAGGGAAACCACGCGCGCGAUCGUCGACAUGACCGUCUACCAGAACCUGGUGGCCACCUUCGCGAUCGUCGCCGGGCUGUUCGCCGCCGGAGACUGGCGGCGCCUGGGGGCGGAGAUGGAGGGGUUCAAGACGGGGAGGGUUUCGUAUGUGAUGAAUCUGUUUUGGACGGCGGUGUCGUGGCAGGUGUUCGGGGUGGGGUGUAUUGGGCUGAUCUUCAAGGUUUCGUCGUUGUUUUCGAAUGUGAUUAGCAUUUUGGGGCUGCCGGCGGCGCCGGUGCUGGCGGUGAUUUUUAUCGGGGACAAGCUGACCGGGCUGAAGGCGGUGUCGAUGCUGCUGGCGGUGUGGGGGUUCGUGUCCUACAUCUACCAGCAUUAUCUUGAUGAUCGGAAGAGGAAGGAAUUGGAGAGAUCAGGAAGCGAUGGUGGUGUGGAGCUUCCUCUUGUUGAUGAAAGAGCAUCUCCGGUUACAUCUUAGACUUUAAUUUUCAUUUUUGUGAAUUCUUGAUUAUCGAUUAAACUGUGGUUUAUCGUUUGCUUCGUGACUGUGAUGACACGAACUUCCGACCUAUUAGUUGAAAGGAACACAUUGCAAAGUGCAAA